ACCCGCCGACUCGCUUUGGUUGCAUCUGCCCCCUCCUCUCCUCGCCUGCCGCUCCUGCCUGCCUGCCGCCAGCCCCGCCUCGCCCCUCCUCCCUCCUCCAAGCUGCUAAGUUUUCAUUUCAUGAUCAGUUGACUAAGGCAAGCCCCCCGAGGCAGACCUGGUUGCGCGUCCGUUGCCCUGCCCACCUUUUUCGGUUUUCAUGCGGAGCCGGCGGGCCGGGCAUCACGUAUGUGUGUGUUUGGUGUUGGAUCUUGGCCGCUUGGCGCCUCCUGAAGAGCCGUCUUCGUGUGUUGUCUCGGCCUUACGCUCGGCGUGACGGUGUGACGGUGCGAGUGUCAUUCAUUGGCGCAGCUCGUGACAUCUGUGUUAUCUGCUGGGUGCGUUUUCACAUUCGUCGGCUGCUUGACCCGAAUGUCACCGUGGCGUAAGAAAGGUUGAAGUAGGCCAUUAGACAAUGUCAUUUUCUCCCCGUGGGUGUGCGCCUAGACAUGCCGAAAGGCAAACUGAAGACUCUCCGGCUUUAAAGCCUGGUUCGUUCGAGAGGCCCUACCCACCUCAUAACAUGUGGAAUCCAAGCAAUUCAGACCUGAGUGAUGGGAUAAGGCCGUUUAAAUUUGAAUCACCUAGCCCAACGAAGUUUCGGAGAUUUAGUAGAAGAUUAAGUGGCGAAGAGUCUUGUGAAAGUGAUUUGAUUUCGUUAGAUGGAGAGUCUCGGUUCAGAAAUUACACCAGACAGAGCGCCUUGAGUUCCUAUUCAUCAGAUUUUGCUCGAAAUGAGCAGUUUGCUGAAUACAGUCAGAAUCAUGACCCUCGGUUUCCUCGCGAUACCACUUACUCAUCUGGAUUUAAUAAUCAACACAUUAAGGAGCCUCUUCAUAGAAAUUCACGAAGUUGCGGUGUCAUCAAUCAAGACCAUUUCUAUGGAUCUCAUUGCACAAAGAACCAUCAAAAAGCAUUGCAUGCCUGGUCUCCUCAUGGCUCUUCGACACUCAGAUCUUCGCGAUCUGAAAAACAAAGCCACCGCAAGGAGCAUCACCGACUAAGCGAGCCCCCCUCGUAUCGGUCUGAUGUUCGGGUUGACAUGAAUUCACCUGGAAAGCCUCUAGAAAGCAUUCAAAACGGCUCACCUGCGAAAAGAUUUUCGUCGCCGGUAAAACCUCUCCAAGCAUCAAAAUGCAACAAGACCUCGAUUCUCGGAAAGCUACUGGCUGAAUCGCCUACAAAGACUUCUAGUUCAUAUAAGAAAAGAGACCACUUGAAAUAUUUUAGCUGUCAAGGAAUGGAAGAGGAUAGAUUAUUCAAGAAAUUGAGUCCAAAUACGCGAAAAAAUGAAGGUAAUGCAUUGAUAAAAAUACUUGAUCGGAAGUAUCGUAAGAAGAGGAAAAAGAAGAAAAACAAAGACAAAAGGAAGUCGAGGUCGCGUUCAGAAGAAAGACAGAGAGGCAUCCCGGACAAGGUAUACAAAAAGGAAGAAUCUCAAGUAGGUAAUGCACACCUAACUGCACUAUCACCAUCCAAAGUAAAUUCCACCACAGCAUCCUGUUCAAGUGGCGUCAAGAGGGGCAGAGAAGCACAAACAUUGGACUCCCAUAUUGUUCCUAGGUCUAACAAGUUAGUGAGUACGGAAACACCAGAUUCUUACAUUUGUGCGAUAGUGAAGAAGAGAAGGACGUCAACACAAGACGACGAGGGAAGUGCCGUCUUAAAGUUUACGCGUGUUGAAGGCCGAUGUAGAAAACCUGCUUCGCCCAGAAAGUCUGGGUUGGCGGGUUCAAUGGAACAAGGGCAGGACUCGACUCCAACCAGUGCCAAAAAGACUGAGCGCUCCAGUGCAAGUAUUGAGGCAGUAACGCCCCCAUCAGAAUCCGAGGUUGUUGUAAAGCAGAACGCUACGAGGUCUAGCCCUACGAAGGGCGACUUGAAACCGAAGGCUAUAAUAAAACCUGGCUUGAGAAGUGCAAAAAAGGAAACCAAAUCGGUCCACGAGCCGAAGCGUCGCAGCAAAUCUCCACAGAAGCCAGAGAAAGAAGACUCAGGCCCGAGGAUGGUGCAAAAAACUCUGGAGUCCUAUUUUCGCAAGAGUGUAUCAGAAGCUAAAACAAAAGUGCAAGCGGAGGAGACGGAGCCAACGGAGGCCGUUUGCAGCGUGGACAUAACGAAGAGUGCAGACCAAGGGAAUUCCAAAAGCCACGGUGACGAGGCCGAGUCCACCUCGCGGGCCGUUGUUCAACUCACUCCUAUUUCAGAAGUCGUCAUAAGCAAGCUCCGAUCUCCCAAAACUGCAGCCGAUUCUGCACCUCGGCGCUGGGGCAGCACACCCCGCCUGGCAGAGGUGCGCCCUAUCCUCAGUCCGGCGAAGAAACGGCCCGAGUCCCCGCCACCAGCAGAUCUGGCCAAAGGGGCUAGUAGGGCUCUGAGGGUCACCCGGACCGCGUCCAUGGAGAGUGCGGCCCCCGACCAGCCCGACCAGCCGCUGGGUGAUCAGCCGCUGGACGUGCUGCUGCCCGAGGAGGACCUGGCGCAGGCCGAGCGGGACCAGGCUGCGAGGGAGGCCGAGGUAACCAAGGCGGCACAGAGGAACAGGAAACGGCACACCAGGGGACACAAAGUGUUCGCCUUCUGCGACGUGUUACAGGAGCACAUCGAAAGACACCCUGUUCAAAAUGAAAUUCCAGCGAAUAAAUGGAGCAAAUGGCUGAACCCAGCGCAAUCGCGCUGUCUUGUCAGCGCCAUGCUUGACAAUACAGACCUGUGCCUAAACUUCUCUUUGGAUGCAGAACGCAAUGAGGAGUGGGAAGAAUAUUGGGUGAAGCUUGCUCGGCGAUUGAACAAUGUCUGCUUCAAUGACCUGACAAAUCUGAAUACUGGACUCCGGAUGACGGUGUUCGAGUGGAAGACAUGUUGGCUAGAUUUAAAGAAGACUGUAAAAACCAGAGUGGAUGCCAUGACAGCAAAGGAGCGAAACCAUAAUUUAGGGUCUUUGGACUGCCUGCUCUUCAGCAAGGACUUGUUCACAAAAUUGAUUAAUUCCAAUGGUGAUUGCCUGGGAGAAGGGUGUCCUAAAAUAUGGUGCCCUGGAGCGUGUGUUGGAGUGUUCUGCCCUGAGCCGGUCAGAAUUCGCUCGACGGAGGAGUGAGCUCAACAACAAGCAGUUAUGAGAUAAGCGUGGUUGUGUUAUCUUACUAGAACUUUUUUUGUUUUAAUUUUUAUCUAACUUAUUUUAAUGUGACUUUAGUUGAUUGUAAGAAUGUAUUUACCUGUUGCUGUGAACAUAUCUUUGACUCAAAACCAUGAAAUUAAAUUAUUUUUUUAAAUAUUUAUUUUAAAACAAAGUA